AGGUGCAGGGGCUUCACCACCAGAUGCAGCUGUGAGACAGCCAGUUUAAAGACACAGGAUAACAUCAAGAUGCCCAAGACUAAGGAAAGCAUGCUCCAGAAUAAUCCCAAUGAAGCAGAAGGUGAGGCCAACAAGCCUACAACACCAGGGCAGAGCCAAGAAGACAACUUCUGUUUAGAUGACCACUGUCAUGAGAGCCAAUCUGAAGUACUUCUCAUCACAAAUCUGAUAGAGACAGUUAACGAAGUUUCAAAGCUUAGCAUUGCUCAUGAAAUUGUGGUAAAUCAAGAUUUUUGUAUGGAAGAGAGUGUUUUACCAUCCAACAGUUUGGAAAGCAGAUUCAUGGAGAAAAUGUACAAUGCUUUUUGGGACCAUCUGAAAGAGCAGCUGUCAAGUAUUCCCCCUGACUUCACCUGUGCUCUUGAACUUCUAAAUGUAGUUAAGGAGAUUCUGCUAUCACUGCUAUUGCCACGCCAGAAUCGUCUAAGAGCAGAGAUUCACGAGGCCUUGGACAUGGAGCUCCUCACACAAGAAGCAGAGCACGGGGCCCUGGAUAUCACUCACCUGUCUGACUACAUUCUCAAUUUGAUGACUUUGCUAUGUGCACCAGUGCGAGAUGAGGCCGUGCAGAAUCUAGAGAACAUAAGGGAUCCUGUGCAGUUACUGAGAGGUAUCUUCCGUGUUCUGGGCCUGAUGAAAAUGGACAUGGUCAACUAUACAAUCCAGAGCCUUCGACCCUACCUACAGGAAAAUUCCAUCCAUUACGAAAGAGCUAAAUUCCAGGAGCUCCUUGACAAGCAGCCUAAUCUCCUUGAUUGCACUGUAAAAUGGCUAACCAAAGCAGCAUCAGACCUCACUGCAACGUCUCUGAGUUCCUCAAACUCUCCCACCUUCAACAUGACCUGUUCACUUACCAGUCAGGAAGCUCACAAAUCAGAGUGCCUCACUCCCACAAUGAUAUUAUACCAGGGUUACCUAAACAUCCUUCUCUGGGAUUCUGAAAAUGGAGAGUUCCCCGAGACACUGAUGAUGGACAAAAUCCGGCUGCAGGAAAUGGAGUCUCAGUUGCACCACUUAACCAUCUUGGCCUCAGUCUUGUUAGUGGCCAGAAGUUUCUCUGGUAAUGUUUUAUUCAGCUCACCUGAAUUUGUGGAUAAACUGAAAUAUAUAACCAAGACCCUAACAGAGGAAUUUAAUUCCAGACCUGAUGAGGUUAUGCUGAAUGUGAGUGAAAAAGUGACUCAGGAAAUCCAUGACGGCCUCAAAGGCAUGGGCCUCACUGUUCUGACCAACGAAAACAAAGCAUCUCUUACAGGGCAACUCCAAAACAUUGCCAAGAAGGACAACUGUGUUCGUAAUGUCAUUGAUCGACGGAUUCGUCUGUUUCUCAAAUGCUGUUUGGUUCGUGGCAUGCAGGAGUCUCUGCUAGACUUCCCCAGAAGCUUAAUGCUCAUUGAAGGGGAGCUGACAGAACUAGGCUGGAAGUUUGUCAAUCUGAUGCAUCACAAUCAACAGGUCUUUAGCCCUUACUAUACUGACAUCCUGGAAAAUAUCAUCAAUCCAGCUGAGGCAUGUAAAACAGAAUCGAAACCUACCCAAUAGUGCUGGAUCCCAGUUAUGGAUCCAGGAACCAAGGGAGAGGGCUUAGCAUGUUCCUGGGAAGAGAACACCUGUGGCCAGUGGAGCAUCCUAUCCUCUUCCUCACGGCAGCCAGCAACCAGCACACAGAGCUGCAAGGUUCAAGCACACACUCACACUAGCUGGCCCAACCCCCUUCAUUAAAAUAAACUUUUGAGCUGUGA